UGCAGCAUGAUAAAUGUGAAAAUAUGUAUAGAAUUGCACGUUUAACAUAUAUUGGGUUACUUGUUAUCUAUGCGAGAGGAAUGGGGGGAAGGGAGGGAGAAAAAUUUGGAACAAAGUUUUUGCAAGGGUGAAUAUUUAAAACUAUCUUUGCAUGUAUUUUGAAAAAAAAAGAACGACAAGUCUUGAAUGAGAGACGAAAGAGAGAGAAGCAGGAGGAGAAAGGAAGAGAGGGAGGUAAGCAAAGAAAGCGAGAGGAGGUAGAAAAGCCGGAGGAAGGGAGAGGGAGAUUUGAAACACACUUGCUCAAGCCCCGCCUAUCCCCACGACUAGGAAUCCCAUCGGCCCCAAGCUCUGGGGGUUUGGCUCCACCCCCUGUCCCUUCGCCCUUUCCCUGCUUUUCCCACUCUGCUUAAGAGACCGUAGCCAGAGCCUUGGAUGUAUUGACGUUUCACCGCCCUCUCCUCCUCCCCCUUCCGCCUCUUUUGUGCGUGCGCUCUUCCUCCCGGAUCUUGUAUUCCAGGCGCUCUCCGUGGGGGUCAUCUCCGUCCCCAUUCUGUUCGCUUCCCUGCCGCCGCCGCCGCCGCGGCUCCUCCUUCCUCACUUCAGCGCAGCGCGGCCAUGGGGCGGCGGCGGCGGCGGCGACGUCGCGAUGGCGGCUAUGUUAGGGGCACCAUAGUUCUCCUGGUCUUAGCCUUGUGCGAGCUGCCGGGGGCCCGGGGCCGGGUGCUCGAAUGGUACUCAGCCCUGGUGAGCACAGUGUACGUGGAUCCGCUGACUAACGAGACGGUGCAAGGCGCCACCGGAAGCGGUCGCUACGGCGACAACUCGCCUAAGGAGAGUUUGCAGGGCCUGGUGGGCAUACCUCGCGCUCCCGGCCGCGACCCGAAGGGCUGCGCUCCCAACACCCGCUACUAUGUGCCCCCACUGGGGGGACGGGCGUCCGGAAGGCACGAGCCCUGGAUUGCUCUGGUGGCCCGUGGGGACUGCACCUUCAAGGACAAGGUGCUCAAUGCCGCCCGCAGAAACGCCUCGGCAGUGGUCAUCUACAAUGAGGAGCACUACGGCAACAGCACCAACUCCAUGUCCCACCUGGGAACAGGAAAUACAGUGGUAAUUAUGGUUAGCUAUCCAAAAGGAAUAGAAAUUUUGGGGCCAGUGCAAAGAGGAAUUCCAGUUAAAAUGACCAUAGAAGUUGGUACACGUCAAGUGCAAGAGUUCAUCAGUGGUCAAUCUGUUGUGUUUGUAGCCAUUGCUUUCAUCACUAUGAUGAUCAUAUCAUUAGCUUGGUUAAUAUUUUACUACAUACAGCGUUUCCUAUAUGCUGGUUCACAGUUUGGAAAUCAGAAUCAUAGAAAAGAAACAAAGAAAGCUAUUGGGCAACUUCAGCUUCAUACUAUAAAGCGUGAAGACAAGGGAAUUGAUAUUGAUGCCGAAAACUGUGCAGUGUGCAUUGAAAAUUAUAAACCAAAGGAUAUUGUUAGAAUUCUGCCAUGCAAGCAUAUUUUUCAUAGAACAUGCAUAGACCCCUGGCUUUUGGACCAUCGAACUUGUCCAAUGUGUAAACUUGAUGUCAUCAAAGCUCUAGGAUACUGGGGAAAUCUUGAGGAUUUACAGGACAUACCAGCUCCAGAAUCCAUACCUGGUAGUGUUUCAAUUGUGAAUUUGAAUGUCACUUUGCAAGAUGAAGAUAGAAAUGAAGUAAGCCAUUUGCCAUCAUCUUCUACAAAUGGAUCUGGGUAUAAUAACUUUAAAGAUGAUACAGAGGAAAAUACAGCAUUACUAGAGAUGGCAACGAUACUCCACAGGAAGAGCCUAUCUCCUAAUGGACAUUAUCAUUCAGUAGCUCCACAGCAGCUUUUUGAACUGCAUCAGCACACACUUUAUACAUUGGAAAAAUUAUAAACCCAAAGGUCUAUGACAGCCAUGAAGAUUCAAUAGAAGGCUGAGAAAUGUGUCACAUUUGAAUAUAUGGCUUUCCCACACCCAGAAAAUGAGAAGAAAUAAUUGAAAAGACAUAAGCUACAUCACUUUAUAGCAAGGACCUGCUUCUAUGUGUCAGUUAUGAAUAGUAAGAAGAAAGGGCAUCAGUUUUUUAAAACAGAAUAAAGAUUAUUGCUGUCUUUUACUAAAUUAAAGACAUUCUGAAUUUGUUAUUCAAAGUUACUAUUUUCUUCCUCCUAUUCCCUUCCCAGCAAUAAAAUGAUUAUUGGUGAAAUUAUGUAAGAAAUUUUCAUAGCUACAUUACAGAAACAAGAAAAAUAAAGGAAGUGGGAAAAGUAUACUUCACUUUGCACUCAAGAGUUCAUCAAGUGAAUGAACUGGAAGUGGAUAGCACUUUUUUUUUUUAUGAGUACUUUAGAAUUGUAUUGGAUCAGUGAAGUGAUAAGUGUGCCAAGUUGAUUAUCAUAAUAUUGCUGUUACUCUGGAUAAUGAUAUAAGUUCUGCUCAUUUUACUUUGUCUCAGCUCACAUAAGUCUUGCAAACUUUUCUGAAAUUAACCCCUUCAUCAUUUCUACUAUCUCACACUAAUAAGCCACAAUUUGUUCAGUUAUUCCUCAAUUGAUGAACAUUUUUUCAAUUUCCCAAUCUUUAUCACCACAAAAAGAGCUUGCUAUAAAUAUUUUUAUAUAUAUAAGUCCUUUUUUUCUUUGAUCUCUUUGGGUUUACAGGCUUAGUAGUGGUAUUGCUGGAUCAAAGGGUAUGCACAAUUUUAGAGCCCUUUGGCCAUAUUUACAAAUUGUUUCCCAGAAUGAUUGGACCAGUUUAUAACUCUUAUCAACAGUUUCAUUCAGUGUUCCUAUUUUUCCCUCAUGCCCUCCAGCAUUUAUAUCAUUUCUAAAUUGUUUUAAUUUGCAUUUUUCUGAUAGUGAUUUAGAGCAGUUUUUUAUAUGACCACAGAUAGCAUUGAUUUCUUCUGAAAACUACCCAUUCAUAUCCUUUAACUAUCAAUUGGGGAAUGGCUCUUAUUUUUAUGAAUUUGACUCAAUUCUCUACCUAGUAUAUAUUUGAGAAAUGAGAUGUCUUAAUCAGAGAAACUUUCUGCCAAAAAGAAAAAAUCGAUAUUCAUUGUCUAUGGUAUUUAUUAGGUCUAUUUUUGUUUUUGCCUUGAAAUCAUAAUUGUUGCAUUUUCCAUUUUUUACUUAAGCUGAUGCAUAUCUGAUUCUGCUCCAGCCUUUAGAUUCUGGUUUUUUAAUUGAUUAUGCUGUCUGCUUCUGUAUUAUGGAUGAGCUCAUCCCAGUCACAUUCAGUCAAGAUUACAUAGACCUUCUGUCUAAUUAUCUUGUUUCAACCCAAAGACCCCAGCUUUUGGGAUAAGAAUUCACUAUUGGACAAAAACUGCUGGGAAAAUUGGAAAAUAGUAUGGCAGAAACUAGGCAUUGACCUACACAUAAUACUGAUUACCAAGAUAAGGUCAAAGUAGGUUCAUGAUCUAGGCAUAAAGAAUAUUAUAAAUCAAUUAGAAGAACAUAGGAUAGUUUGCCUCUCAGACCUGUAGAAGAGGAAGGAAUUUGUGACCAAAGAAGAACUAAAGAUUAUUAUUUAUCACAAAAUAGAUAAUUUUGAGUAUAUUAAGUUAAAAAGGUUUUGUACAAACAAAACUAAUGCAGACAAAAUUAGAAGGAAAACAAUAAACUGGUAAGGCCUCAUUUCUAAAAUAUAUAGAGAAUUGACUCAUUUAUAAUAAUAGUUCAAGCCAUUCUCCAUUUGAUAAAUGGUCAAAAAGUAUGAACAGUUUUCAGAUGAAGAAAUGAAAACUAUUUCAAGUCACAUGAAAAGGUGCUCCAAAUCACUAUUGAUCAGAGAAAUGCAAAUUAAGACAACUUUGAGAUACCACUACAUAUCUUUCAGAUUGGUUAGAAUGAAGGGGAAAAAUAAUGAUGAAUAUUGGAGGGGAUGUGGGAAAACUGGGACACUGAUACAUUGUUGGUGGAACUGUGAACGAAUCCAACUGUUCUGAAGAGCAAUUUGGAACUGUGCUUAAAAGUUACCAAACUGUACAUACCCUUUGACCCAGCAGUGACCCUUGUAUUCCAAAGAGAUCUUAAAGGAGGGAAAAGGACCCACAUGUACAAAAAUGUUUGUGGCAGCUAGAACUGUUUUGUAGUGGCUAGAACAGUUAACUGAAUUGGAUUCCCAUUAAUUAGAGAAUGACUAAAUAAAUUAUGUUAUAUGAAUGUUAUGGAAUAUUAUUGUUCUGUAAGAAAUAAGAAAUGUAAGAAAAGAAGAAAAGAAAAAGAUGAUUUCAGAGAGGCCUGGAGAGACGUACAUGAACUGAUGCUAAGUGAAAGGAGGAGAACCAUUAUACAUGGCAACAAGAAGACUAUACGAUGAUCAAUUCUGAUGAAAGUGGUUCACUUCAACAAUGAAUUGAUUCAUAUCAAUUCCAAUUGUUCAGUAAUGAAAAGAGCCAUCUACACCCAGGGAGAGGACUGUGGGAAUUGGAGUGUCCACCACAACAUAGCAUUUUUACUCUUUCUGUUGUUUACUUGCAUUUUUGUUUUCCUUCUCAGUUUUUUUUUUUUUUUUCCUUUUUCUUUCCAGAUCUAGAGGAGGGGGUGUGGGAAGGAGGGGAAAAUUUGGAACAGAAGGUUUUGCAAGAGUCAUUGUUGAAAAAUUAUCCAUGCAUAUGCUUUCUAAAUAAAGAGCUAUAAUAAUUA